UUUGGUCAAGCCACGUACGACCAAGUUAACAAGUACCGGAUGACCAAAUUUUUAACUACUAUUUAAGACUGAAUCCACCUGGUUUUAGUUAAAUACAAUUGACAUAUUGUUGAAUUCAAUAUCACAAAAUGCCCCUGCGAUUAGAUGUAAAGCGCAAGCUUUCAGCUCGCUCAGAUCGUGUGAAAAGUGUUGAUCUUCAUCCAACAGAACCUUGGAUGUUGGCAAGUCUUUACAAUGGAAAUAUACAUAUCUGGAACUUUGAAUCACAACAACUCAUCAAAUCUUUUGAAGUAUGUGAUUUGCCAGUUCGUGCUGCAAAAUUUGUUGCCAGGAAAAACUGGGUCAUAUCAGGAUCUGAUGAUAUGCACAUACGCAUUUUUAACUACAACACACUUGAACGUGUUCACCAAUUUGAAGCCCACUCAGAUUAUCUGAGGUCAAUUGCUGUUCAUCCAACUCAGCCCUUCAUUCUUACUAGCAGUGAUGAUAUGCUCAUCAAAUUAUGGGAUUGGGAUAAAAAGUGGACAUGUACUCAAGUUUUUGAAGGACAUACACAUUAUGUCAUGCAGAUUGUUAUUAACCCUAAAGAUAACAAUCAAUUUGCAAGUGCAUCUUUGGACAGGACAAUAAAGGUUUGGCAACUUGGAUCACAGACUCCAAAUUUCACACUCGAAGGCCACGAAAAGGGUGCCAACUGUGUGGAUUACUACUCAGGUGGAGAUAAGCCCUACCUAAUUUCCGGUGCUGAUGACAGACAAGUGAAGAUCUGGGAUUACCAGAACAAAACUUGUGUUCAAACUUUGGAAGGUCAUGCACAGAAUGUUGCUGCUGUUUCAUUUCAUCCUACACUACCCAUAAUUCUUACAGGAUCUGAAGAUGGCACUGUGCGUAUUUGGCACGCUAACACUUACCGCUUGGAAAGUACCCUGAAUUAUGGUCUGGAGAGAGUGUGGACUAUCGCCUGUCAGAAAGGUUCUAACAACGUGGCUCUGGGUUAUGAUGAAGGAAGCAUCAUCAUUAAGCUUGGCCGUGAAGAGCCUGCCAUGUCGAUGGAUUCCUCAGGAAAAAUCAUCUGGGCUAAGCAUUCAGAGAUCCAACAAGCAAAUAUUAAAGCCAUGGCAGACCAGGAGAUCAAGGAUGGAGAGAGGCUCUCAUUAGCUGUCAAAGAUAUGGGGAGCUGUGAGAUCUAUCCUCAGACCAUCUCACACAAUCCUAAUGGAAGAUUUGUGGUUGUGUGUGGAGAUGGAGAGUACAUAAUUUACACAGCCAUGGCACUGAGAAAUAAAUCCUUCGGGUCAGCUCAAGAAUUUGUCUGGAGCAGUGACUCAUCAGUAUAUGCUGUCAGGGAAGGGAGUACCUCUGUGAAAAUCUUUAAGAACUUUAAGGAACAGAAAUCCUUCAAACCAGACUUUGGAGCAGAAGGCAUUCAUGGAGGUAACAUGCUUGGUGUAAGGUCAGUUAGCGGACUAGCAUUCUAUGAUUGGGAAACGACAGAACUUGUUAGACGUAUUGAGAUUACACCCAAGCAUAUUUUCUGGAGUGAAAAUGGACAGCUGGUCUGCAUUGCCACUGAGGAGUCAUUUUUCAUUCUGAAAUUCAGUGCUGAGGCUGUGGAGAACGCUAAAGAGUCUAAAGAUAAAGUCACUGAAGAUGGCAUCGAAGAUGCUUUUGAGGUAUUAAAUGAAAUUGAGGAGACUGUCAGGACUGGCAUAUGGGUUGGAGACUGCUUUAUCUACACCAACAGUGUCAAUAGGCUGAACUAUUAUGUUGGUGGAGAAAUAGUAACAAUAGCACAUUUAGACAGGGUGAUGUAUUUACUGGGUUACAUUCCAAAAGACAACAGACUUUAUCUAGGUGACAAGGAGCUGAGCAUCGUUAGCUACUCGCUACUUGUCUCCGUGUUAGAGUACCAGACAGCCGUGAUGAGGAGAGACUUUGACACUGCUGAUAAAGUGUUGCCAACAGUGCCACGUGAGCAAAGAACAAGAGUCGCACAUUUCCUGGAGAAACAGGGCUUUAAAUCUCAAGCUUUGGCUGUGACAUGUGAUCCAGAACACAAGUUUGAGUUGUCCAUACAACUAGGAGACUUGCGGACUGCUUAUGAGCUGGCUAAAGAAACUCAGUCGGAGCAGAAGUGGAAGCAGCUGGCUGAACUUGCCAUUAGACGUUGUGAGUUUGGUCUGGCACAGGAAUGUUUGCACCAGGCUCAUGACUAUGGUGGUCUUCUCUUGCUGGCUAGCUCUGCUGGCAAUAGAGAGAUGGUUGGCAAACUGGGGGAGGCAGCAGAGAAAUCUGGACAAAAUAAUGUAGCAUUUUUAUCAAAUUUUGUUCUUGGCAAAUGUGAAGAAUGUCUUGAAAUUCUUAUCAACACUGGACGUCUACCAGAGGCUGCAUUCUUUGCUAGAACAUACCUACCCUCUCAGAUUUCAAGAGUUGUAGAUCUAUGGAAGAAGAACGUCUCAACUGUAAACAAAAAAUCAGCUGACUUGUUGGCUGACCCGAAAGAGUAUGAGAACUUGUUCCCUGGGCUUCGAGAUGGUAUCAAAACAGAACAGUACCUGAAACCCCAGCGAGAGAAGGUUUUACCAGCUGCUGCCUAUUCUAAGAUCCCUAGCAACUCAGAGCGCAAUCCAGUGGCGGAGAUGCAGCAGGCUGAGGACAGUGGGCGUUUUGUGUAUGCUGCACCAAUCACAAAGGAUGAUGAGGAAGAAGACAACUUUCUAGAGGCUUCAGAUGAAUCACCAGUCAAGUCCUCUGCUAAAACAGAAGAACCUAGAGUGCCUCCACCCACACCUCCAACUGAAACACCUGCUGCUCCACCUGUCCUUACUCCAACACCUGCUGCUCCACCUGUCCUUACUCCAACACCUGCUUCUGUACCUAAGCCUGCAAUCAACCCUCUCCCAGCCACCCCUAAGUCAGAACCUGCCCCUGAUAAAACAGCUGCCCAGUCUGUAGAGGACCUUGAAAAAGAGCUUGACCUUGACUUAGAGAAUUUAAAUAUGGAUGAUCUAGAAGGAGGGGAGAUGAAUCUAGAUGAAGAUGAUUUACUUCAAGACUGAGUUUCAUGUGAUUACUGUGUAUUUUUAUUGACCAAAUUGGUUAGGGUUUAAAUGCUAUGAAUGAGAUGCACUGUUUUUAUUUGACCAAUGAUAGGCCAACACUUUUUAUUCAGACCUAAGAGGUUUAUGGCUUGAUUCACCAUUCAAAAACAUUUACCAAGUUCCUGAAUAUUUAAAAUGUUCAGCAGCUGAUGUAGAUGAUGAUAAAUGUUAAGUAUUGGUGUGCAAGUAUUUGUCCUUGAUUGUUCAAGAAGUUUCAUGUAAUGUCCAAUACUGACAUUUUUCAAACAGCAAAUCAUUUUUUCACAACUUGUUAAAAUCAGUGAUACUUUCUAGUUUCACAAUUUUUUUCUGUGUAAAUACAAAAAGCACUUUUUCCUUUUAACAGCUAGCUUGAUCUUGUGUAUAUAUUUCUUUUUAGUGAGCUCUACUGGGAUUUUUUUUGUUAUAUAUUGGUGGGAACAUAGUCCAAUUUAUUAUUAAUGUAUAUAAGAGUUAAUUUAAUCUAGUUAAAAAUUUCUAUUACAUUUAUGUUAUAAUAAUGUAAUUUGAAAAAAAAAAAGCUUUUCAACCAUUGUCCAUUCUAUGAAUAUAACUGCCACUUUCUCAUUAAUGAGAGAAGUAUGUUUGGGGCAUGUCAUUGUCUAUUACAUUUUAAGUGCUGUGUUUUUACAUUGUUGUUUAAACAAUAUUUUUUCAUUUGCAUGAAAAUCUUGAAAGGCAUACUGUUUCAAAGAUUAGUAUUUAGGGUCAUUGGGAGCCUGGCUGGUUAAUGCUGCUCUUUGUGAUCAUAAGAAAAGUUAUGAAAGCUACUGUAGAUACUCGUUAUCAUUUGUAUUAUUUGAUCUUGUAUGAUCAUUGGAACAAUAAACCAUCUGUGAAAGAGAAA